CUGUACUGUACGGGUACCAACUAUUUUAUCCAAGAUGUCUCGCAGGCACUCCGGCUCGAGCAACGAAGGCGAUUGGGUUUGCCCCGAUCCUAAAUGCGGCAAUGUGAAUUUCUCUCGAAGGCAUCAGUGUAAUCGAUGUGGUGCUGAGAAGAGCCACGUCACGAUCAAAGCCGGAGGGUCAGCUAUCGGCAAGCAGUUAGCAGAGAAGAGUAAAGGACUGUUCAGUGCUGAUGACUGGCAGUGCAAAACGUGCGGCAAUGUCAACUGGGCAAGACGGAGUGACUGCAACCUCUGCAAGUCGCCCAAGUUUGGAAAAGUGGAAGCACGGACAGGUUACGGCGGUGGCUACAAUGAGAGACUGGGUGUAGAGUACAAAUCGGACAAAGAGGACUCGGAUGGAGAAUUUGAUGAUUUUGGUAGAAAAAAGAAAAAGUUCCGGGGAACACUUCCUCCUAAACCAACAGCUGUUGAGGAGACAAAGAAAGAGGAGGAAGAAGAGGAAGAAGAGAGUGGAGAUGAUGCUGAUCUAGACGCCUAUAAUCUGGACUCGGAUGAUGAUGAUAAUGAUGAUGCGGAUCUGUCAAAGUAUGACCUUGGUGAUGAUGAUGACAGUGAUGAUCAUUCCAAGUCAGCCUCCACCAAAGAUGCCAAGAGGACACAGGAUAUCUCUCGGAGUCGCUCGUCAUCUCGCAGCUCGGGCUCCUCAACAUCUUCAAGCUCCCGUUCUUCCAAGUCCUCUCGGUCUAGGUCCUCUAGGUCUAGGUCCUCCAGCAGGUCCUCCUACAGCUGGUCUAGGUCCAGAUCCCGGUCACGUUCGCUUGAUCGGAAGUAUGGUAGGCAGGAUAGCUAUGGCUCCCGUAGAAGCCCCAAUCCACACAAGCGUCGGGACCGAGACUCCAGCUCGAGCUCCAGCGGGAGGAAAGACGAUCACAAGCGCAAACGCCAUCGUUCACGGUCUCGUUAAGCUACGGAGAAGGGAUGGAAAUGAUUGGCAGCUCUGGUACCAGGACAUCCACUGGUACCAGCUGCAGCGCACUGCAAACUCAGCCACAAACAUAGCAAACAAGUAAGGUUCACAUUACUCCUUUCUAGAAUCCAUGCUUUUUAUACCUUGAUAUCACCAUAAUUAUGUCUUGUUCCUUUCUUGUUAUAUGGGUAAAGAUCACCACAACCUUGUUGAUAAGAUUCUAGUCACCAGACUUAAUUCGGCAUCAACCUCAUUUUGAACCUUAUGCUGUGGCUACAUCAGGCAUAUUCUGCUGAUUGCUUUUACAUAACCAUGGGACAAAAACAAACCAUCAGAAUGAAAUACCCUGCACAGAUCCCUUGAAAAAGUCUCCCUUUUUCGUUUUUUACUCUGUGCUUUUCUUUAUACUUUUUGCUUGCUCUUUUCUUUUUAGCAUUGUGUUGAUAACGUUGUAUUAAAAUUGAUAUUCAGUAUUAAAGUGUAACAGAUUUGCGAUC